CCGAGCCGGGCGCCCGGGAAAGGCAGUUUAAAACUCCAGCCCCGGCCCCGGCGCGCGUAGAUGGCAGCGGCAGCGGCGGCGGCGCGGGCCGGGUUGACCAGGCGGAUGCCGCUAUGCAGCACUACGGGGUGAACGGCUACUCGCUGCAUGCCAUGAACUCACUGAGCGCCAUGUACAACCUGCACCAGCAGGCAGCCCAGCAAGCCCAGCAUGCCCCUGACUACCGGCCUUCGGUGCAUGCACUUACAUUGGCUGAGCGCCUGGCUGACAUCAUCUUGGAGGCCCGCUAUGGUUCCCAGCACCGCAAACAACGUCGCAGCCGCACGGCAUUCACGGCUCAGCAGCUGGAGGCCCUGGAAAAGACCUUCCAGAAGACUCACUACCCAGAUGUGGUGAUGCGUGAGAGGCUGGCCAUGUGCACCAACCUGCCUGAAGCCCGGGUGCAGGUGUGGUUCAAGAACCGCCGGGCCAAGUUCCGGAAGAAGCAGCGCAGCCUGCAGAAGGAACAGCUCCAGAAGCAGAAGGAGGCUGAGGGCUCCCAUGGGGAAGGCAAGACUGAGGCCCCCACUCCAGAUACCCAGCUGGACACUGACCAGCCCCCACGUCUGCCUGGCGGUGACCCCCCUGCUGAGCUUCACCUGAGUCUGUCUGAGCAGUCGGCCAGUGAAUCAGCUCCCGAGGAUCAGCCAGACCGUGAGGAGGAUCCUCGGGCAGGGGCUGAGGACCCCAAAGCUGAGAAGAGCCCUGGGGCUGAGAGCAAGGGGCUGGGCUGCAAGAGGGGCAGCCCUAAGGCAGAUUCCCCAGGCAGCCUGACCCUCCCUCCUGCGGCCCCAGGGGGUGGCCUCCUGGGCCCCUCCCACUCCUACUCCUCAUCCCCACUGAGCCUCUUCCGUCUGCAGGAGCAAUUCCGUCAGCACAUGGCGGCCACCAACAACCUGGUGCACUACUCAUCCUUUGAAGUGGGGGGUCCCGCCCCUGCUGCUGCCGCGGCGGCUGCUGCCGCGGUGCCCUAUCUGGGUGUCAACAUGGCACCGCUGGGCUCACUGCACUGCCAGUCCUACUACCAGUCCCUGUCAGCAGCCGCUGCUGCCCACCAGGGUGUGUGGGGGUCCCCACUGCUGCCUGCACCCCCGGCGGGCCUGGCUCCUGCAGCAGCUGCCCUGAACAGUAAAACCACAAGCAUCGAGAACCUGCGGCUCCGGGCUAAGCAGCAUGCAGCCUCCCUGGGACUCGACACACUGCCCAACUGACUGUCUGGCCUCCAACCUAACGAGGGGUCUUGGGUGUCCCCUCCUCGCCCCGUGGUUAUCCCCAGAUGGCUCUCAAGGAGUUAACUCCAUGAGCCCAGGGAUCCUAAGGGCUGUGUCCUAUUCCCUGCCCUGCUUCCCCAUACCCAGCCCAAAGUGAAGCCCACACCUACACACCCUCUGCAUGGCCUGGAACCCCUGGAAGCCGAAUGGGGAGGAGGUGAGAGGCUGGGGUGCCUCACGCUUUCCUCCGGGAAGUGAGAGGCUCUCCCUGGCUAGAUCCCCAUCUCAAUAGUGCCUCCUCCCUUUCCUCCCUCCCCUUCUGUCCCCCUAGUGAGUCUAUAUGUGGAAUGUGAGAUAUAAAUAUAAAUAUAUAAAGCUAUAUUUUCAGGCACCUGCCUGCCCCAGGCCCCCUGCCCCGCUCCCAUCUCUUCUUCCCUCCCACCCCUACCCUGCGGCUUCUGUGGCUCACUCUAGCCAUCCCCUCUCUGCUUCUCUCUCCUUCCUUCUUCCCUUGAUCUCCCUCUUCUGGUCUCUGCCCUGGUCCCUGUCCCCAUCUCUGCCCAGCCUCUGUAUUCUCCACCCUUGACCUUUCUCCCUGUCUCUCCCCGUGCCCUUGGUUUCCUCCUUUAGUGCUGGCUGUGUUGGUGUUGUCAAUUCUUAAGCUAUGUUCUGUUCAGGGUUGUGGCUGGUUUUGGGUUUUAGUAAUUUUGCUACUUCUCAUUCCACUCCUUCUGUUCCCUCCCUUCUGUCCUGCCUGCCUAUCUCCUCCCUGCACCCACACGCUCUCUAGGCAGCUGUUCCUUUUCAUGCCCAAUAGAAGCAACAAGCCCCUAGCUGGAGACCCUGGGGAUCUGGAGCUGCAGGUGGGAGGUGGCACAGGCUCCUACUCCCACCCUCACCCAGGCUGGCAUCUAGAAGGUGUCAUAAAUUACUUUCUCUUCUCUCUUCUCAGUGUUGAGGUCCUCAUUCCCAAUAUUGAGGAGGCAGUAGUCAGGCUGGGCAGGCAGUAGAAUGGCCAGCAUUCCUGCCUGUAAAUCCUCCAAAGACAGAGGCCUGGUGUCAGUGUUCAGCCAGGACUAACCACAGGGCUCUAGAGCUUAAUUUGAGAGACUUCCCUAGUUGGAGUGUGGCAGCAGGGGAAGAGGUGCUCUCAGAGACACUAGGGCUGGUGCUCCUCUCCCACAAACCCAGCUUCCACAUCCAGCAGGUACUGUCCAUGGCAGGGGUGUGGCUGACCAGGAAUGAAGGUUGAACACUGCUCCUGCACACAGUGCGUGCAAAGUAUACAGCAACACAUAGGCUUAGGCUUCUGUGGGCUUCCUGCCCCAGAGCCAGUUAUGGAGGUAAGGGCUUCUCUCCAACUAGUCACUGGCAUGGAAAAGUGUGUUCCUGUUUAUAGCCAGGAAACCCAGAUCAGCAAACUCCCUUUCAAAGCUGUAUGACUGACCAAGGGCCGUGGCUCAUGCCUGUAAUCCCAGCACUUUGGGAGACCAAGGCCGGCAGAUCACCUGAGGUCAGGAGUUCAAGACCAACGUGGCCCAACGUGGUGAUACCCUGUCUCUACUAAUAAUAUAAAAAUUAGCCAGGCGUGGUGGCACAUGCCUAUAAUCCUAGUUACUCGGGAGGCUGAAGAGGGAGGAUUGCUGGAACCUGGGAGGUGUAGGUUGCAGUGAGCCAAGAUCACGCCACUGCACUCCAGCCUGGGCAACAGAAUGAGAAUCCAUCUCAAAAAAAAAAAAAAAAAAAAAGUUGUGUGACCUUGGGCAAGCCUGUAGCCUCUCUGGGUCUGUUUCCCUGUAUGGGUUAGAUGGCUGUAAGGUCCUAGCCAGCUCUACUUUCUGCAUUCUGUGCUCACAACCUUGCAGGACCGAAGUUUUUAGUUCAAUUGACAAUGACGCAAGGUUCUCAAAAGCACAAUGUAUGAAUUAGAAAAUUACUGUAGCCUUGCUGUGGAGCAAGGAGUGUUGUACGCCCAAGCCUCUCUGUAGAUACCGCCUUAGUUUCCCCAUAAGUAUAAUGGAUCCCCUCUAGUUCAGACAAUCUGAAUUUGAUCCUGAUUUUCUUGAGUUCCAGUGCCAGUCUCUGUGGUCACCCCAUUUUCAUACAUUUGCAUGAUCUCAGGGGCUCUGGGCAGUGGGAAGGGAUGGCUUGGACAAAUUCUUGGUCAUGCUUCCCAACUCUUGGUGGCUCACCAUUGAACACUCCAACCCCUGCUUAAAGACAUUGAUCUGAAAACCAGGGUAAAGAUUCUUAAGGCUUGUCUCAUCUCUCAGUGGGAAGAGAGAGGUUCUGUUGGUGUCCUGGUAGGAUUGGUUUGCGGAGAAGUCAAUGCCUAUCAUCCUUGAGGGGGUCAGCCUCGGUGGGGGCAGACGGAGAAGGCUUUGGACAGGAGAAAAGUGAGGGGGAUGGUAGUCUGGGCCAGGAGAACUGUUUGAACAAAGCAGCAGAGAUGAGACUCCAUAGACCACAGGAAAGGGGUGGCUGACUUCAGGGGAGGUGGGGCUGAGGGGCCUGGAAUCCAGGCUAAAGACCUCACCUACAUGUGGCAAGCACCAAGACAGGCAGCUGAAGGUUUCAGAAUCCUCAAGUGUCUUGCUAGGUCUGGAAUCUGGAAGGGGAAUCCACCAGCCAUGGGAGCAUCAGAGAAGAGACAGGCAGCGCUGUGGGAAAUUGGCAGAUUCCAGGAGGGACAGAGGAGGUUUUUGGUUUGGGAGGGGUUCUGUGGCCAAUGGCCACUGUCCUCUGGGAUUAGCUCCAGGAAGUUCUGUUUUGAAAACAAAAAAUAAUCAUCUGGUAAGGAAUGGGAAGCUUCCUAGCUGCUUUUAGACUGACGCUUUUUGUCAGUUCCUGGGUAUGAGUGAUUGUCACUGGGCCUUGGAAUCCAACAGCCCUGGAUAUCACCACCUCCUCCAGGAAGGCUCCCCUGACCUCCUAAGGGGCAAUGUUCUGUCAUGGCGGGAGGCAGGCCCACUCAGGAGCAGCCCAGCUUCCCUCAGAUGUUUGUUAACACUUGUCCCAUUCAAUUGACCCAAGUCUACAAACCCAGAGAAGGCAGGAAAGGUCCAUGUGGUCCUGCCCUUGGAGGGCUCUCAAGUUUAGGGAACAAGCCUUGGGUAUGAAAGCAGCUGGAGGGCAAGAGCAGAGCACGCUCGUCUCUCACGCACACUGAUAAGCGGCACCAUGCAUCUCCGUUGAGCACAUUUGUAAGCAGCGCCGCAUGUCCCUUCUGGUGGGCAGAGGGUACAGGCCCACUACACCUCAUGCUGGAGCCCCUCCCAGGCCUACUGGGCCAACCUGGGUCUGAGACCAGAGGCUCAAGCUCUGACUGUCCCUUUGCAGAAUGUGGAAUGCCUCAUGCCUGGCCCCUCCCUCCUAUCUGAGUCUCCCCUUCCCUGCUUCCUCACUCCCCCAGAGCAUGGUCCAGGGACCUGGGUCCCUACCCCAACUCCAAGGCUGGUGGGCUGCACAGACUGCUUUCCAAACCAGCUGUUUUGUGACCAUUUGUGCUUAGAGAGGUCGUGCCAGCCCAUGGCAAAAACACUGUGUACUGUAUUUAUUUAUUCUGUUAGUUGAAAAAGCAAGACUUAACUCACCCCUGCCUGUCCCCUCCCCUGCCCUCUAUGUAGUACAGCAUGACACUCUGUGUAUCUGUUCUUCUGUCAGUCUUAUUCCCUGUGAUGUUGUGACCUGUUCUUUGUCUUACCGGCGAAUAAAAGAGAACCCAGCA